ACGAUGUCCUUCUUCUAGGCGACUGUGAUGCUGGCGUUAGGAAAUUCGCCCGAGCGUUGGGAUGGGAACAGGAAUUAGAGUCGCUAUGGGAGAGCACGAAUCCUGACAAGGGGGCCCGAGAUGCGGAAGGGACUCUUUAGGUAUCUCAGAUGCAUACCAACAACGAGUCCGGCAGAAUCUAGACCAGCAUAGUAAUGGAAUAGAGAAGAAGGCCCUAACCGAGGAGCGGCGACGGAGUUACGAAGGUCUGGCACAUGUAUUCCCCCAUUUAGCGCGAGAGAAGAAGCCCUCUGCCAUUUAGAACGUAGAAUCAUAUGACCAUAUGCAUUGGUGGCUCGGGUGGGAUGGCGUUGUGGUAAUAUAUUUAUAUAUUUUGUGGCUUCAUGGUCUAAACUUUCGGACAAGGGUUGUUGUUUUUAUUUUUAUUAUUAUUAUUUUAUUUUAUGACCCCGUAGUUUACCGCAAAAAGGGGAGAGAGAGAGAGAGAGAUCUCCCUUCAUUGACCCGUGACUGUCCGGUUAAAGGCAUUAUCAUUAUCAUUAUCCUUCUUUUAGAGUGAGAAUGAACAUAAUUAAAUUGGACUUUGCUAUACCCUGAGAACGCACGAUGGAUGUUCUUUGUACCCAACAGGCUCUUGUAGCCCUAUCAAAAAUGAUACGUCACUGAAAUGGACUUCACCGAUCUUUGGGGAAUGUUGAAAUGCGGAGAGUUUGAAUGCCUGCGGGGUAUCUACCAGAAUACAGGAUGUGUGUGGUGGUACUAUUU